AGGAGUGUUUAUCUCGUCACAUACAGUCAAGCCGAUAUGGACAAAUUUGCCAGACGGGAAGAUUUUUCAAGUGCAGUAGUAGAAUCUUUUUCUCAAGGACGUGCCAAAGUAAAGCACUCGGCAUGUUGUUUGGAAGAACACAAGGAUGGACGAUUACACUUUCAUCUAGCUAUAAAACUAGACCGAAAUCAACGUUGGAUAUCAUCGAAAACAUAUCUACUUGAUGUGUACGGAAUAAGCGUUCACUAUUCAAAUCGGCAUUAUAAUUAUUAUAGUGCGUGGAAGUAUGUUACGAAGUCCGACGCAUGCUACAUCGAGAGUGAAGGACAUCCCCGUCAAGAUGACACGGAGCCACAGACAAGCUCUGCAAGCCGUUCGAGACGUCAAAGUCGGAAAAGAAGUCGUGGAAAUACUACUAACUCGGAAAUAUCAAGCGCGGACGACGAGGAGGAAGAUAGCGACGGGAAGUCCACCGGUACCCGGAGGAAAAAAAGGAGGAGACUUACCGCGUAUGAGGUGGGAGAAAUAAUUGUUCAAAGAAAUGUCAAAACUCUUACAGAACUUCAAGCCUUAGCAUUUGAACAAAAACAAGAAGGCAAGACGGAUUUGGCCGAAUUUUUAGUUAACCGCAACCCAAAGGUUGUCGCCGAUGUAUUACAAACUGCUUGGGAGAUCGAGAAUGCGCCCAAGAAGUUGGCACGGUCGCGCAAAAGUCGCAUGGACCUUCUAGAGGAUGCUAAAUCUGGCUCCUGUGUAACAGGUUGUCAUGGUGAGUGGUUAACGUGUGCGCAACAAAUUUUACACAACAACGGCAUUUCUCUGGAAUUUUUCCGCACUGCUGUGAAGGAUUUACUGGUCAACGGGCGUGGAAAGUACAAGAAUAUUAUGUUAACAGGUCCAGCAAAUUGCGGGAAAACAUUUUUAUUGAACCCACUGACAACUAUCUACGACACAUUCAGCAACCCAGCAAAAGGAACCUUUGCUUGGGUUGGGGUUGACAAAGCAGAAUGCAUGUUCCUCAACGACUUCCGCUGGUCUCCUCAAUUGAUCCCAUGGCAUGAUUUCUUGCUUCUACGAGAGGGUCAAACUGUACAUCUACCCGCCCCGAAGACCCAUUUCUCUAAGGACAUUACUGUGAAGUCGAACACACCGAUUUUUUGUACUACUAAGUAUCCAAUUCUCUUUCUCAAAAAUCGCGUGCUAGAUCAGCGAGAGACUGAGAUGAUGAAAGUACGGUGGAACUUGUUUGAGUUGAGUUACGUAAUCCCUCGGGAAUCGCAGCGCGUGAUCUCAUCUUGUGGGAAAUGUUUCUCCGAUCUGAUACUAGGUUAA